CGCCGACGCGGCCAGAGCAUCCGGGGCGGGCGUGCUCCGAAUGCCAUUGGCCGAGGGCCGGCCCCUCCGGCCGCGCCGUGCUUCCCCUGGCUGGCGACGACGGGGACUGAGUCUCCCCGCCGGCCGCUGCCUCCGCCGUGCCUACACUCGCUGGGAAUGCUGAGCGCCACGGCUGGACCGCACCAUGAGCCGCAGCGUGGAAGCGGCGCGGAGCUUCCUGGAGCAGCUGGAGGCGCGGUGCGGCCGGGAGGGCACGAUCCUCGCCAGCGAGUUCAGCGACAUCAAGGCCCGCUCUGCCGCCUGGGAGACUGACGGCGUGUGCUCCACCGAGGCCGGCAGCCGGCCUGGGAAUGUGAGGAAGAACCGCUAUAAAGAUGUGCUGCCAUCUGAUCAGACACGAGUGAUCCUCUCCCUGCUCCAGGAGGAACACGGUGACUACAUCAAUGGCAACUUCAUCCAGGGCAUAGACGGAAGCCAGGCCUACAUUGCCAGGCAAGGACCCCUGCAACACACCCUGCUAGACUUCUGGCGACUGAUCUGGGAGUUUGGGGUCAAGGUGAUCCUAAUGGCACUUAGAGAGACAGAGAAUGGGCUGAAAAGAUGUGAGUGUUACUGGGCCCAAGAGCAGGAGCCACUGCAGAUUGGGCUUUUCUGCAUCGCCUUGACAAAGGAGAAGUGGCUGAAUGCAGACAUGAUGCUCAGGACCCUCAAGGUCACAUUCCAGAAGGAAUCCCGUUCUGUGUAUCAGCUGCAGUAUAUGUCCUGGCCAGACCAUGGGGUCCCCAGCAGUCCUGACCACAUACUGGCCAUGGUGGAGGAAGCCCGUCGCCUCCAGGGAUCUGGCCCUGGACCCCUCUGUGUCCACUGCAGUGCGGGCUGCCGGUGAACAGGCGUGCUGUGCUCGGUGGAUUAUGUGAGGCAGCUGCUCCUGACCCAGACCAUCCCACCUAACUUCAGCCUUUUCGACAUGGUCCUGGAGAUGCGGAAGCAGCGCCCUGCAGCCGUGCAGACAGAGGAGCAGCACAGGUUUCUGUACCACACGGUAGCUCAGAUGUUCCGUUCAGCGCUCCAGAACGCCAGCCCCAACUACCAGAACCUCAAGGAGAAUUGUGUCCCAUUCUACGACGACGCCCCCUCCCUCCGGACUUCCCCCGGGCUCCUCGCCAUACCCCGUCCACCAGGCGGGGUCCUCGGGAGCAUCUCGGCGCCCGCGGCCCCGGCCCUGGCCAUGGCCGACACGUACGCGGUGGUGCAGAAGCGCGGGGCCCCGGCGGGCGCCCGGCCGGGGUCGCGGGCGCGCAGCGCGGAGGAGGCGCCGGUCUACAGCCAGGUGACGCCGCGCGCCCUGCGGCCCGGGACGCCCGGGGAGGACGCGCGGGGGCCGCUGCCUGGCUGCGUUCCUGCUGACCGAAGCCCGGCCGGGACUGGCGCCUAUGAGGACGUGACGGAUGGAGCUCAGACCAGUGGACUAGGCUUCAACCUGCGCAUCGGAAGGCCGAAGGGGCCCCGGGACCCCCCUGCCGAGUGGACCCGGGUGUGAGUGCUGCACCAGCGCCUGCCUCUCCGCACGAGCUCUCGGACUGCCCGCUGACAGCCAUGCUCCACUGUGCCAUGUGUUGGGAGUGGAACACUCGCCCUGAUCAAAAUAAAAGUUUCUCACUGUGAGAAAUGUG